UCUUAACAAUGUUUAGAAACAAGUGGAACGUCGAGUGUGUCGGACGUGUGCAGUGGCACGAGAAAGUUUUCUCCGCGCAGUGAGUUUAGUGAUACCGAGGCGUACAGUGCUAACACAUGGUUCGGCACUCCGGCCACGGGAUGGAGACCACUUUCUAUGACGAGCAGUAUCCCCUCAGCGGCCCAGUGGAAAAUCUGAAACGGACACUGACAUUAGAUCUGGAUUUCGGACGAGGCGGGAAGAGGUCGCGGAGCACCGCGCCCGUCCUCUCCUCGCCUGACCUGCAGCUCCUCAAGCUAGGCUCCCCGGAGCUUGAGAAACUGAUAAUUCAAAACGGCAUGAUAACAACAGCGACGCCAACACCGGGUGGCGCGGUGCUGUUCCCCCCCGCCGCGCCCACCGAGGAGCAGGAGAUGUACGCGCGGCCAUUCGUCGAGGCGCUGGACAAGCUGCAUCACGGCGAGCCGGUGCCUCUCGCGCGUCGAGUCUACGCCGACCUCGACCGGCCCGGCGACCGUUACCCAACGCCUGUCGUCAAAGACGAGCCCCAGACUGUGCCAAGCGCCUCCAGCUCGCCCCCGCUCUCCCCCAUUGACAUGGACAGUCAGGAGAGGAUAAAACUCGAGCGCAAGCGACAGAGGAACCGAGUGGCCGCCUCCAAGUGCCGGCGGCGAAAACUUGAACGUAUCUCAAAGCUGGAAGAGAAGGUGAAGCUGCUGAAGGGCGAGAACGCGGAGCUGGCGCAGAUGGUUGUGAAGCUGAAGGACCACGUGCACCGGCUGAAGCAGCAGGUCCUGGAGCAUGCGAACGGUGGCUGCCACAUCGACGCGCACUUCUGAACGCGCGUGCCGCCGCCGCCGCUCCCCCACAUUCCAUGCUAGUCGCGCCCGCUCGGACGCAGCAUACAAAGCGUUUUGUGAUCUUAAUUUUACUGUGUAAUAUAUAGUUAACUCUAGUUGUUAAGGUGACGUUAAGUUAACGAUGGUGUCAAAGUUUGAGAGUGAGAGGGUGCAAGUGAUGUCGAGGCCCCCGUACAAGGUUCCCUUGUUAUAACAGCGCGGCGCUAGUCGGAACGUACUUAUCGCGAGUAAAUAACUUCUGUCGUAAGUCUUAGUUACAGUUCUCCUUGUAUCAGUAUUGCGUUGGUCUCAUUUAGAAUAAUGUAGAAACUAGAAAGGAUAAUAAUCGUGCAACGUCACUCAUUCGUCUGUAGACAGACUGCGCUGCGCGACGUUGCCACUCCUGCGACCGAUUUCCCGUUGCGGCGAUGUUGCCGUGCCGUCUUUACUGAAAGCGGGUUUUUGUUGUUCGCAAUAUGCAAAUCAAACUCAUUGUUUCCUUAUAAUUUGUAAUUUUUUUUUAAUCUACCAAAAUGACAUGAUAAACAGAUGCAAGUUGUCGUAAACAGUACAGAGCGAGCGCACGCUAUAUGGUGCCGCCGCGAACACGAAAGGGACGGCCGUAGAGUACGGUUGGCAACGGCGCGAGGCAGCAGUCACGAGCGGAUGUUCUGCUAAUUAAAAUUCCGCCUGCGCCGCCCUCGCGGAAUGGUGGCCAUGUGUUCGGCAAUCGGACGUUCCGAAUCACAUUUGUUGCACAAGGUUAAUUUUCCCCCACAAACCCGGCGCCCUCUCGCUUGUCUGAUAAGUUGUGUAUGUUGGAGACUAAAACAUUUGUGUGAAAGACUGACAGAGUGUGAGAUAGACACGUGCCUUGUGCGAGUGAG